GGCGGGGUUAGGGAGGGGCCAAGCCCAAUCAGCUGGCAGAGUGAGGGCGCAGGGCUCCGGCGCUAUUGAGGCAGAUUGUGGCCCCGGAGCCGCCGAAUCCUCCCGUCACAGACCGACCGCCCCGCCCGCCCGCACCCCGGGAUCCAGCCGGCCCUCUGUGCCCUCUCCCCGGAGCCUCCCCCCACCGGGCCUCACACCCCUGCCUGGGAAAGUUUGGGGCAAGGCAGUCUGGGCGGCCAUAUUGUUGGUGGUGGUGCAAGUUGGGGGUCUCCGGCAUGGUGUGUGAUAUACCUCAUACCCAGACUUCUGCCCCCUCCUGCGGAUGCCAGCAUGGCCAGACCUUGAAGCUAGAUGUGCCAGGGAAGAGCGCCAGCUGCCAGACACAGGGCACCACACUGCCACUGGCGGCACCGCAACGCACAGGGAUGCAGACGUCACUGGACACCUUGGGGUUUGUCUGAGUCUCGCGAGAGGAACCCCCUUCUGCACCCCGAUGCCCAGAACUCUCCAGGCAGCAGCACAUUGGCUCCCCGCUCCCUGACAUUGAAUCGGACUGCUGCUGGAUCCAUGAGGCACAUUGAGAUGGAUUUGCCACCCAAGGAGGAGGCUGGGGCAGAUGGUGGCUCCGGUGCUGCUGGGAGCUCGGACUCUACAAGCCAAGAUGGAGCAUCGGAUGGGAGGGGCGAUUGCAGGGUUCUGGUUGGGUUCCCUGAGGCAGAUCACCAGCUACAGAGAGUUUAUCAUGUCUCCAUUAUCUCGGACGUGCCAGCCUCUAAAGCCUCUUCCCGCCAACCCUUAAAGAGGCCUCCUCCUGACCAGCUCUUUCAGGAAGCCACCCGAAGCCCAAAGAGAGCCUUCUGGGGCCACCCGAGAAGCGACGGUCCCCUUGGACAGUCGGAAUUGGGUGGGGAGGACGAGGAACAGGACAAUAUUGAAGAUGGGCUUCUCUCAGUAGAGGUACCGCUGUGUAGCUCCGCCCAGCAUUUCUCCCAUAGUGGCCUCCAUGUCACUGAGCACCGAGGCGAGGCCUCCUCCUCCUCUAGAGAGUCGCUUUCUAGAUUGCGAGGAAGUCGCUUGUUCGCCAGUUGCCAGCAGACAGACCCCCAUUUGGUACCCACCCAAGGCACAUUGCACAGCAGCCCAGUAGAGGCCCAGCAGGUUCUGCCAGACGGACUGCCCCACAGCCCCGUGGGAAAUGGCACUAAGGUUCCUUCGGAUCAUGCGGAGGAACCCACCACCAACCAGCACAUACUUGAUCCAGUUUUGCACAGCAUUGCACAGCCCAAGGGCCCGGCCCAAAUGCCUGCUCAGGCCAACGGUAACCUGGCAGCGGAACCGGUCCUGAAAGAGCCCCUUUCCCCACAGCUGCAGCCCCCCACCGAAGGGCCGAGCCCCGCAGAGACCCCUCCGGGCCCAUCCCGCCUUUGCACUCCGGGAAGCUCCGCCGUGAAAAGGAAGCUGCUUCCAUCCAGCGAAUCGGCGGACUCCUGCUCUGAGGAUGAGGGGCACGGCAAGAAGUGGAGGGGGGGGCAAGGGUGCCAAGCGCUACAUGGAGCUUGCAGGAGCACCGACUCCAAGGCUGCCCCCUUCUGGAACCAUCUCUUACCAGCAGCCCGGCACUCGCAGAAGAUUCUCUCAGACCACAGUGGGCGAAGACCAAAACGAGGACUGCGCCUGAAAUCGAGAUCCCCGAUCAGCCCACAGAAGGGACCUGCGGCGAGGAGCUGGGCCAAUUCCUGCAUCAGCCGCCCCCUGCUGGGCAACUUUGAGGAGUCCAUACUGAGGGGCCGGUUUGCUCCAUCUGGUCAGAUUGAAGGAUUCACUGCAGAGAUCGGCGCCAGCGGCUCCUACUGCCCCCAGCAUGUCACUCUGCCCGUCACUGUCACCUACUUUCACAUCUCUGAGCACAGCGUCCCCUCCCCAUUCCUGGGAGUGAUCAAUCUGGAAGCGGUGGGGAAGAAGGGAUACAGCGUCCCCAGCACUGGAACUAUUCAAGUGACCUUAUUUAACCCCAACAAGACUGUGGUGAAGAUGUUUCUCGUUACGUACGACUUGAAGGACAUGCCCCCCAACCAUGUGACCUUCCUGCGCCACCGCAUCUUCCUGGUGCCCGUGGAAGAGGAGACGGAGAAGGGCGCCGGGGAUGGGCCCCGAGAGAGCGGGGAUAAUGAAGCCAUUACCACCAAGGAGAGAGCCAGGAGGAUCCUGUGUUACCUCAUGCACCUGAGGUUCCAGAGAUCCAAAUCAGGGAAGAUUUACCUCCACGGUGACAUCCGCCUUCUCUUUUCCCGCAAGUCGAUAGAAGUGGAUUCUGGGAUCCCCUAUGAACUGAAAUCCUUCACCGAAACUCCCAGGAACCCCAAAUACUCCCCGCGGGUUUGAAGGUGAAGCACAAGAUGAUCGUGUUUAAAUGGGGGGGUCCCAGGACUGUGAGACUGCCCCCCACUUCAGACUUUGCCCCUCCCACCCUGCGGAUUGCACACACCUUAUUUAUUACCUGUGUCCCCGCUUCUUCCCGCCGGUCCCCCAGGGACUGUCCAAUCGCUCAAGGCUUCCGUGGGUCACAUGGGAACCAACCUCACAAGCAGGAACCCCCCCCCCCCCAAGGUGUUUAACUCUUGCCUGGACUUUAUCAUUUAACCCCCAGUUGCCUGGUUUAUUAAACCCACGGUCUUAUUUUAUUUUUAUUUCAUUUGAAUUGCUAUGAUUGUUUUAAUGUGGCCUUUAAAAAUCCAGCAAGGAAACCCUCGGGGGGUGAUUAAUGGAAGGAAGUGUGUAAGUGAAAAUAAGUGGGAUUUGUUGUUGUUUCACUGUUGCAGGGUUCAGUCCCUCCAGCAGGAGGCGCUUGUACAGUUACAGAUAUAGCAUUCUCUUCCCAUAUCCAGCUAAAAGGAUUACUUCCCCUUGAAAUUAACUCUUAGUGAGAUGGAGGCAGUUGCCAAGGCAAGGCAAUUGAUUUUUUUUUUCCCCAAACUUGUUCGCUGAAUUCUGUAACUUUUUGCUCUGCAGAAAUCUAGUCUGAGACUUAAAUUGUUAUCUGGUUGCUAGAGUCCCACACCCUAGCAACCAGGUACUGUUGUUUUUUUUUUUUAAUGGCUAAAGGGAAUAGCAAGUGACCCCCACGGCAACCAGAUAACAUUUUAAAAUUCAGGCUGGAGAGAGACAGAAUAAAAAUGGCAAAGCCUUCAAAAAUCACAAAAAGUAAAGUAAGACCAACUGCAAAUAGUCAGUUUUAGGAGCUGUCACUUUUAGAAACAACUCCCUCUUUUGUUUAUAUCUUGAGUAAGUGAAACAGUCUCUCCCAGUACUGACCCAGGUAGGCAGCUCUGAGUCUGUGCUUCCUGCUCCUGGGCUGCUCUCUUCCCCAUGGUAUGCAGGGGAGGCGUGGCCUUGUUCCUGAAUGUCAGGGCUGGCUGGGGUUUUUCCACUGCUUCCCGACAAACUCCGCCCCCUACAUGACCACAGGAAAGAGAGCAGCCCAGAGACGCAGGUACCUAGGUAAGUAAUGUAGGGUGAGUGGAUUUACUACAGUGGAAAGAAGGUUAAUAGUAGAAAUGGGCCUGGUAGGUGCCCCCCCUGGUAUUUACCAGUAGCCAAUGGGCUACUGUUUAUCAUAAAGUGAUGUCACGUGGGAGGAGUGGCGGCUUAUUGGUUACCUAAGUGCUGUGUUAGCCAAUUGUAUCCCUGGUUAAGUCACUUAAAGGGGAAAUAGAAUGCAGAAAUGAUAUUAUUAUAAGUGUAAUGGAAUGUUUAUCCUGCGCCCCCCAGUGGUCAGUGCUGGGAGUUGCAGUUUAAUAACAGCAGGAGGGUUGCUGCUUGGACCUCUCUACUUGAUAUAAAUUUGAUGCUCCUAGAGGGGGGCCCCAAGCUGUACUGCCCACCCCUAGAGGGGGGCCCCAAGCUGUACUGCCCACCCCUAGAGGGGGGCCCCAAGCUGUACUGCCCACCCCACAAGGGGCAAAGCAGUAGUGAGGGUGGGAUUCCCCUCUGGCUGUAGCUUUGUCUGUAAUAUGAUUUAAUUGCCUCUAUUAUCUGUUAUGCAGGCAGGUCUCCCUCUAGUGGGGAGGGGGGGUACUUCCUGCAACUGGACUACACUUCCCAUCAGCCUUAGGGAGCUGCUCAGUGUGAUGGGAGUUGUAAGUUCUGAAACCAGUAUUCUGGGAAAAGUGCCCUAGUGCCUGUAUCUGAUUGGCUGCUCAUUAGCCCCUCCCCCAGAACCCACAAACACCUACACGCUGGGAUCCUCAUUAACUUAGGGUGCGGGAGGGACCAGGAGUGUAAUUAACCCCCAGUCCCUUCUUAUACCCCCAGUUUUGGGCAGCAAGACUUCCCCUCCUGUCACUCAAUUGGCCAUUUCUAGGGGUGUCGUUUGUCCCUCUUCUUACGCUGAUCCGCCAUUGCCUUGUAACUAAUGACCCAAUACAGACCCCGCCCCCUGCCCCAAAUCCGCAUCAGUAUCGGCCAAGACUUGAAUUUUUUUGUAUUUUUCAUAGUGAGUUUGGGUCGGAGUGGGGCGUGUCCUGAACUGCUAGUUACUUUCAUUUCAAUGUGUACAGCACCGAGCGUGAAUAAACUCACCGAAUCUGC